CCAGGAUGCCUGAACCCGCAAAGUCUGCGCCCAAGAAGGGCUCCAAGAAAGCCGUGACUAAGACCGCAGCCAAGGGCGGCAAGAAGAAGAGAAAGACCAGGAGGGAGAGCUAUGCCAUCUACGUGUACAAGGUGCUGAAACAGGUGCACCCCGACACUGGUAUCUCCUCCAAGGCCAUGAGCAUCAUGAACUCCUUCGUCAACGACAUCUUUGAGCGCAUCGCUGCCGAGGCGUCUCGUCUGGCUCACUACAACAAGCGCUCCACCAUCACCUCCAGGGAGAUCCAGACCGCCGUGCGUCUCCUGCUGCCCGGUGAGCUGGCUAAACACGCCGUGUCCGAGGGCACCAAGGCCGUGACCAAGUACACCAGCUCUAAGUAA